CAAUAAGUGUAUUUUUUGUCAACCUAAAUUUUGAUUUGUUUGUAAAAUAUGGCAGAGCGAUCCUCUAAAUCGGCAAUAAAUCGUGACCGUGUUGUUUCGAAAACUCUACAGACUUUGGUACCGUCAGUUCUUGAUAUCAAUAUGUUAAUCAAUCAGCUUGCCAACUGUGAGAAUCCCGCAAAAGGUGUAUCCCUCCACGAGAAUCAAAUACGAUAUGUGUGCACGGAAGCCAGGGCACUCUUCCUCAAGGAGAAAACGUUCUUGGAUAUAAAGCCACCGAUUAAGAUAUGCGGAGAUGUGCACGGCCAAUUUGGAGACCUAUUGCGCAUAUUGCACUCAACGGGAUUUCCGCCGGACAGCAAGUAUCUCUUCCUGGGAGAUUAUGUGGAUCGGGGCAAGAUGUCCAUUGAGACGUUCACACUGCUCCUCGCAUAUAAGGUGCGCUAUCCGAAUCAGAUGAUGUUGCUGCGCGGCAACCACGAGAGCGCCAGCAUCAAUCGAAUCUAUGGAUUCUAUGAUGAGUGCAAGCGUCGCUAUUCCAUCAAACUCUGGCGCUACUUUGUGGAUACCUACGAUUGCAUGCCCCUGGCGGCCUUGGUGGGUGGUCGCAUCUUCUGUGUGCAUGGCGGCCUGAGUCCUAGUCUGCAUAGCUUUGAGGACAUACAGGCAAUCAAGCGACCCUGUGAUAUACCCGACGAGGGCCUCAUCUGUGACCUACUCUGGAGUGAUCCUGAUGAGAACGUAAUUGGCUGGAGUGCAAACGAUCGUGGCGUUAGCGUCACCUUCGGCGCCGACAUUGUGAAAAGUUUCUGCUUUCGCAUGGGCAUCGACGUGAUUUGUCGUGCCCAUCAGGUCGUCGAGGAUGGCUACGAGUUCUUUGCCAAGCGCCAGCUGGUCACGCUCUUCUCCGCACCCAACUACUGCGGCCUCUUCGACAAUGCGGGCGCCGUCAUGGUUGUCAAUGAUGACCUGGUUGUCAGCUUCGUCAUCUUGCGACCGACUUACUCAGUGCGUCAGACGACGAACCAGGCGCAGGCAAUGCAGGCAAUGGGCAAGAACCGCAACUAUUAGCCAAAUUGAGAUCUGACCUCUUUGUGUUUAAAUGUAUAUCGAAGUAAUACUACAUGUUGAUGUAGGUCCACACGGAUUAAAAACCUUGAGUUGCUAUUUUUAAA